AUGUCUGAUAAAGAUGAUAUAAAUAGCGAGAAAUUAUCUUAUUUGUUAAAUCUUUUAGGUAAGACGAAUAUUUCUACUAUAGCUGCAGAAUAUGAAUCUGAUUCGGAUUAUGAGGAUAUUGAAAAACCAAACAUAUACUCUCAUUUAAAUAUGAUGUUGACUGCAACUCCAGUAAUAACUGAUGAUUAUCCCUCAGCGACGACAGAAGCCCAGCGUCAAGUACAGCGGGUAGUAGGCUUAAUCUAUAAGGGCUUAAUUCAAUCUAGCUCAGAUAAAGUUCAUAACAGGCCCUUUUGCAUUACAGAACAUAAUAAAUAUAUUUUGACAUCAUUGACUGAUCCGUUGCCUUAUUAUUACAGGUCUCUAGAUGCAAAUCAUGGAUGGUUGUUAUUUUGGUUGAUUAAUUCGUACAGUAUUAUUAAUGGAAGGAAUAAAGAUAUCAAAAUUCGUAAUCUUGUUUCUGAUAAAAUAUGUCGUAACGUGGUUAAUAAAGGCUUGGGUGGCAUUGCAGGAGGUGCUAAUCAAAUAGGCCACGCUGCUGCAACUUAUGCAUCUAUCUUGGCACUUGUACUAGUUGAGGAUUAUGAAUUAUUGAAUAGAAUUAGACCAAAUUUGUACAAAUGGUUUAUGACUUUGAAAAAGCCAAAUGGUUCUUUCAUGAUGCACCAAAAUGGAGAAAGUGAUACUAGAUCGACGUAUUGUGUUCUAGUGGUUGCAUCUUUGUUGAAUAUUUUAACUGCUGAAUUAUGUGAGGGUACUUUGCUGUGGUUAAACCUGUGUCAGACUUUUGAAGGUGGUUUUGCCGGUGUUCCCAAUACGGAAGCGCAUGGCGGUUAUACCUUUUGCGGAGUGGCUAGUUACUUCUUGUUAUUAGAUCCUAUGAACGGUGGUUUCUCACAACAGAUGAAGGACCAAAUUGAUGUUGAUCUAUUGAUAAGAUGGUGCGUCAUGAGACAAUACCUAUUAGAAGGAGGGCUAUCAGGACGUACGAAUAAAUUGGUUGAUGCUUGCUACAGUUUUUGGAUAGGUGCCGUCUAUCCGAUGAUUGAAAUGAUAUCUAACACUAAAUCGAUAUUCGACAGAGAUGCAUUAAGGUGCUACAUUUUGAAUUGUUGUCAAAAUGUUGAGACUGGUGGGUUUAAAGAUAAACCCGGAAAAUCUGUCGAUUUCUAUCAUACAAAUUAUACCAUUUGUGGUCUCAGCAUAACCGAACAUUACUUCCUGUUCUCUUUAGGUGAAAAGGCAGAAAUUGACACAUUUGCAUAUCUGAUUGAAAAUGAAAAGAUUAACGAAGACGAUUCACAUACAAAUUGUAUAAAUCCAGUUUUCAGCUUACCUAUGGGUAUGGCAGAGGAAUGCAAGAGACACUUCCAAAACCUCGACAAACGUAUAUAA